AUAGUUCAGUUCGCUUUGUAAACAAUUCCAUUGAACAAUAAACUAGAUCAUAGUUGAACGUUGAUUAGAAUACUUGUGUGAUAUGAUAUUACGAAGGCUUUUAGCAAGUUUCAUUAUCUUAAAGUAUGCUACGGAGGUUUGGAGCCACGUUGAAAUCGAGGCGGAGGAUUACUUUUUUCCUUUAGAACCUGUUAUUAAUUUCUGUAAGAUGGCUGAUCAAUGUCAACAUGAUUUCGUGCCAAUAUGUGGACAGGACUCCUUGGGAAUUUCUAGAAUGUUCAAUGAUAACUGUGAUUUAUACGAAUAUAAUUGCGAUGAAAAGAAACAAUACCGUCAUGUUAAAGUCGAUGUAUGCAAGUACGAAGCAGCUGCAGCUGUAAGAGCCGAGAAUUGAGAUGUACAAGUCGUGAUACAUGAAGUUAUAUUAUUAUUAUGUGAAUUUGUAAAAAAAUAAAUAUAUACA